GUCUCAAACCAUGGCUAAAAGUAAAACACAAACUUCAUUCCCUACUCUCUUGGUUUUCCUCUGCUAUGUGUUGCUACUCAACAAUGUGAAGAAGUCCAAUUCACUUUCAUUCAACUUUUCCAAUUUCGUGUCGGGACCAAACUUCGACAUUGGUUUCCUUGGCGAUGCGCGUCCAUUAGACGGUGCAAUACAAUUAACAAGAAGAGACAAUAACGGACCUUAUGGCACUGCCAAUAUUCGCCAGCACAGUGUUGGUCGUGCAGUUUAUAUUCCACCAGUGCGCCUUUGGGACAAAACCACAGGCAAACUCGCAGACUUCGAAACAGACUUCUCCUUCGUCGUAGAUUAUUAUUCCGCUGGUUCGCAAAUCCACGCUGAUGGCCUGUCCUUUUUCAUCAUACCUUUCGGUGCUGACCCCAGAAUCCCCAAGAACUCAUCUGGGGGAUACCUUGGACUAUUCAGCCCCGAAACUGCUUUCAAUGCUUACAAAAACCAAAUCGUGGCUGUUGAGUUUGACAGCUUCAGAAAUGAAUGGGAUCCCGAGCCUGUCCCGGUUGCUCCUCAUAUCGGAAUUGACAUCAACUCUCUUGAAUCGGUGGAAACUACAGAUUGGCCUAUCAAUUCUGUGCCUCAAGGUGCUGUUGGAAAAGCUAUCAUUAGCUAUGAUUCUAAUGCUAAAAAACUGUAUGUCGCCGUUGGCUAUGAUACCCAACCUCCUACUAUUGUUGCCCUCUCACAAACCAUUGAUUUGAGGGUUGUUCUACCGGAAUGGGUAAGAAUUGGUUUCUCGGGUGCCACUGGUGAUAUGGUUGAAACACAUGACAUUCUUUCUUGGUCUUUCACUUCACACAUCUAGCUAGAGGUGUAAAAUUGUAAUAAGGAGAAUAAUAAUGUAAUGUGUGGGCCACUUCUACAAUUGUGUUUUAUGGAUUUUGUACUCA